AUGGCCUCAACAACACUACCAUCAACAAUGAAAACCAUCCUCCAAGUCUCCCGCCAGUCCACAGAGCUCACCUCGACCACCGCUCCCGUACCAACCCCAUCACACCCAGAUGACGUUCUGGUGCGGGUACACGCCACGGCGCCGUGCGCAGGCGAACUGAACUGGAUUGUUAUGUUCCCAGACCUGUUCCCAGCCGACAAGGAGCUUGUUCCCGGGCAGGACGUAGCCGGAACGGUGGUGUCCGCGCCAGCAGGGAGCGGGUUUGCGCCGGGGGACCGGGUGUACGGGCGGAUCCACGCGACGCGGGCGGGCGCGGCGCGCGACUACACGCUCCCCCGCGCCAGCGAGCUGGCCAAGAUCCCGCCCUCCCUCAACUGGAUCGAGGCCGCCGCCACCCCGCUCAGCGCCCUCACCGCCUGGCAGGCGCUGUUUGUCCACGGCACGCUCGACGCCGCCGCUGUCACCAAGAACGACGCCGCGGCCCGCGAGCGCAACGCCCGCGUCCGCGUGCUGAUCACGGCCGCCGGCGGCGGGGUCGGUUCCUGGGCGGUGCAGUUCGCUGCGCUGGCGGGGGCCAAGGCGGUGGUUGCCGUUUGCGGACCUAGUAAGGAGGAUGCAGUCCGCGCGCUUGGGGCGACCGAGGUUGUCAACUAUAAGGAGACGUCGAUCGAGGAGUGGGUGGCGGCGGACCCGGCCGGGCGGGAGUGCGAUCUGGUCGUGGAAAUGGUCGGCGGCAAGACGCUGGCGGGAUGCUGGGUUGCUGUGCGGGCGGGAGGGGCCUUGAUCAGCAUCCACACGCCGCCUGAAAUGGGGAAGCCGGCGGGGCUCGAGAAGGAGCUGGCAAAGAGCCUGUUCUUUAUUGUUGAGCCGCUGGGGAGCAACCUUGCCGAGAUUUCCGAGCUGAUCGAGGCGGGCCGGGUGAAGCCCACGGUUGAUAGCGUUUGGGAAUUUGCCGACUACAAGAAGGCUUUUGAACGGCUCGAGUCGGGGCAUGCGAAUGGCAAGAUUGUCAUCAAGGUCAGCGACGAGGCUUGA